AUGUCGACUCAAACGCGUACAAGCAGCUCCAAAGCACAUGGGAAGAAGACGAAGAACGACAAGGGAGCCGUAAAGCCCCCGUUUAAACGCGACGAUAACAACAACGAAAACGCCGCUGUUACCGCGACGCUGAAGCGGCAGAAGCGGCAGCGCGAGCCCGCGGACGCGGACAUUCUCCACGGCUCCUUUAUCGUUGCCGACCUCCCAACGAGCAUGGCCGCCAUUUACACUCGCGCUGUGCGCCACCUUUUGCCGGAGCACCAGAAGCAAAUCUCCGAGGCAAACAUCAUGGAGGAGGCGGGAGACGCGACGCUCACGUUUGAGGUGCCCAACAAGGCCGUCGCGGCAGCCAUGUAUAAACGCCUGCAGAACGCGAAGAUGUACGGCAGACGGUGGAAGGUGCAGUACUACCCGCUUCGCGUUGCGCAGUGCGCGAAGGAGGCGUGCUUGGUGGAUGCGCGGCUCGUGCCGCCGGCCCCCCGCGCACUCGCACUGCGCGCACUGAGCGGCGUGCAGGGAUUCCUCACAAUCUCCGACCCUGAGGGGGAUGCUGCUGCUGUGCCCUCUUCUCACGAAGCCGCCGUGCAUAACGUCACUAAAGAUGAUGAUAAUGACAGUAACAGUAACCAUGCUGAGAAGGAAGGUGUUGAAGUGAGCAGGUCACCGUCACUGUUUGCUGCUGCUGCUGCUUCUUCUGCAGGAGCACCAGUGGACGGGGAUGUGGUGGGGCACGUCGUGGCGUCGUUCGUCGACGAGGGCAGUGCGCUGCACGCACGAGCGGUGCUCUCGGGGCGCCUGAUCGGCACCUCCGGCGUGCGGCUGUUCCUCGAGCUGCAUCGCUGA